AUGAGCUCCCUCCUCACAGCCAUCGGCCUUCGCGCUGCCUCAACAUCUAUUCCUAACUACGGCCCCGCCUUCCUGGGCUUCCACUUUAUCUACGCCUACGGCAUUCUCUCCUCGCAUACCCUGAAACAGUGGUAUGGUAUCGACCACCAGGCGUCGCCGCGCGAAGAUAUCGCGAAAUACGGCGAGGCGGCCGUGCGCGAUGGGAAGCUGACGCGUAAACAGCUCGAUAUGCUCAAGCGUAAUGAAGCCGCGCAUGCGAACUCCGUCGAGAAUUUCACGCUGCUGGUUGCGAGCGUGCUGUUCGCUUCGCAUGCGGGUGUUCCUACGCAGAUGAUCAAUGCUGCUUCUUUCUCUUAUACAAUUGCGCGGCUCUGCUAUAGUGCGGUAUAUAUCCUUGUCGGUUGUCCUCGGUGGAGCCAGGUCCGCGGGCUAGUGUGGUGGUGGGGUAAUCUGAGUUGUUUGUUCAUGCUAUGGAGGGCUGGGAAGCUUCUGAAUUCACAGGAAACUUCUUGA